AUUUCGGGUUACGGUCCUUUUAAGAACUCUUCUGUAAAUUGGGCAUGAAUAUAAUUGCGCCAGGAUAUUACUUUCAGAGAAGAAUACUUCAGUUUUACCUUUAAAGUCAUUUUAAAAUAUGCUACGUCUGUAGAAGAUGACAAUAUGAAUGAUGUAAUGGACAGGACUUCAUUCCCAAAACAGCAGAAAUAAGAGAUUAAAAAGGUCUCCGAAAUCAUGUCAACAAGUCAGGAUAUCAUAGUGUGUGAAGUUUGUGAGAUUGAACCUCUUCAGCAUUUCUGCAAUCAGUGUGAAGUUCGUCUGUGCAACAACUGUGUCAUUCCACAUCUGGGUUCUGAAUCUGUAGAAGGACACACCAUUGUUCGUUAUAAAUACAGAGAUGCUCGGAAUGUUAAACCAAGACAGUGCUCAACACAUCCAACCGAAAACAAAACGCUAUUUUGCAAGAACUGUGAUGUCCAAAUAUGUACCAAGGGAUAUUUAGAACACUUGGAACACGAAGUUACGGAUCUAAAACAGUUUAUACAUUCGAAAUAUGUAGAUAUUGACAAAGAUAUUGACUUUUUGAGGACAACCGUUCAACCAAAUUUUGAAUCUGGUAUUAAAAAACUUAAACGAAUUUAUGAAAAAGCCAGCGCAAUAUAUGAUCAAGAACGUCAAAGGAUGAUGGAUGCUGAGAAGGACUUACAAGACAAAGUCACGGAGGCUAUGAAAACUUUGCUGGAUGAAAUGGAAACCAGAAGAAAUGAAACUUUGAGAAGAUUGACAGAUUUGAAAACAGAUAUCGAGGCAAAUCUGCAAACUCUUGAUCAUUUCAUCGAUAAAUGUGAAGCUGCAAAGACAUCUGUUGAAGACAUUCUAACAAUUAAGUUUGAUGAAGGUCUAUUGGAUAUGGAUCACUCGGUUGAGCUGGAAUUUCCACAAUAUGCUUCUCCAAACAAAUGGACUGUUGACGUCGGGGCAUUCAAAAGUAUACUUACACGUCGGAUGAUAUUUAAGGUAGAUGUGGGAAAGGAUAUUCAGUUACCUGUGUCAGGCAGAGUUAUGCUGGAGAAACACAGCACGUCUACGGGUAAAAAUGGUACUCCAACGUUGUCGAACACGAAGGACUACAUAAGUAAAGUUAUUCAAGAGUUUGAGAAAGACCCGCUAUAUCCUAAGACGUUGAAGGAAUAUGAGGACCUUCUGAUGGACAAGGAGUACAUAUGUCUGCAACCAGUAACUCCAUUUAAAGAAGAGAGCGUGACUGCCGAACAGAGAGAAUAUAAACCAAAUCUGGCCAAAAUUCUCCUGCUUGCAAAUAAACAGAAGUUUGUAAAUGCAGGGAUAGCUUGGUUGUCUUAUGUUUAUUUGAUUGGCAAACACAAACUAGCAGUAAGUCAACAGUUUUGUACAUUACUUCCUUUCUUGUGUAUUAAACAUUAAAAUGAGAUUUAAAAUUAUUUUAAUGGAUCAUCUAUAUUAAUUAUCCCCACCCCGGUUAUAAUGCCACCCCUGCUUAUUACCUGAAAAUCCUAAAGAACAGGUUAAAACCACUGUUACAAUGCCAAUUCAGCAUAAUGUUAUAUGCCACUGCUUUUCAACAACGAAUGAUCAGAUUUGAUAGGGUUUACCCUCGAUAAGAAUGGCAAUUACCUAACACCCAUCAAUAAUCACACCUGCACUUUUAGACCAGUGCAGUGAGGUAUUACAAGAUGGACAAGAUACAUGUAUUCAGUACAUGUAAUCAAAUGAUUGCUGAAAAAAGUCCAUGUUUAAACAGAAUGUAGCCCAAAUAAAUGUAUAUAUUUAUAUGUAUGUCAUUUAACUAUCUUAUGUGGUCAUGGAACUGUACUGUGUGUUGGUGCCGUUUUUCUGUGUGGAUUGACAGUAAGUCUCUUUUUUAUAUAAUUUUCUCUGUGUGGAUAUUCUGUAUAUAUGCAAAAUCACGUAUAUUCUUCUUAUUCAUUAGAUCAAUGUUAUUAUAGAGUUAAGAUGUAUUUGUAUAUGUAGAAAUCCCGACUAUAACCCGAUCAUGAACAAUUAUAAGUGACCUCUGAUGUGUACUCGUUGAGGCGAUUCACUAAACCCAUGCACUUGUUCUUUCUACUUGUAAAUGUGAGUGUUCCUGUACUACAAGUAACAUUAAAAUCUAGUUCUACAUGUAUCAGCGUAUCACACCUGAAUGAGACAUAAGAAAGUUCCGUAAAACAUAUUACAUCUACGGGAUCCCAAAUGGUGACAUAAAGAAGUAUUGUAGAAUAUGUGCAAGUUUCCUUACCAUAUGUGCGCAUCGUAAUGUGAACCUAUGAACGUUCUACUUAAACUGGUCUGGGUUUAUGUGAAAUAGACUGUGUAUCAAAGGAAAGUAUAGAUUGUUGUGUUGCCAUAUAAUAUGUAUUUUGAGUACGUGUGUUAGUGAGUGUAUAGUGUGUGAAUGCUGUUUGUGUAAAGUCAAGUGGAUUUUUAUGAAUAAAGCUAUUUCUCGUU